GUAGAUCUUAUAGUUCGUCUGGAUACCAAAUACCAAUCUUAAUUUCUGAAGAUGAAUUUGGGCUUACUAGAUUCCUUCGGUCAGUCGUAUCCAGAGGAUUUGGAACAUCGUUUAGAAUGUACGAGUCUUCCGUUAACUUGCACUUUCAACAAGAGGGGAACCCUUUUUGCUGUAGGUUGCAAUGAUGGUAGAAUAGUUAUAUGGGAUUUUUUAACCAAAGGUGUGGCAAAAACCAUUACUGCUCAUACAAGACCUGUUUGUUCUAUUUCUUGGUCAAGAGAUGGACAAUUAAUAAUAACAGCUUCUAUUGACAAUAGUGUUUGUGUUUUUGAUGUCUUAACUGGUGACAUGCUACAGAGCUAUAGGUUUCCAUCUCCAAUUCUGAAAGUUCAGUUUAAUUCGAGAAACAGAAACAGAGCUCUGCUUACACUUUUGAAACACGCAGCAAUAGUUCUCAAAUUAGAUGAAGAAAAGUCUUUCGACGCAGUUCCACUUAGUAGUGAUAAUGAUCUAAAUAUAGUUGCUUCUUUUGAUCGUAAAGGGCAACAUAUCUAUACAGGGAACUCAAAAGGAAAAGUUAUGGUUUUUAAGACUGAUAAUCUAAGUUUGGUUGCAUCGUUCAAAGUGUCUACAGGAUCUACCAGUGCAAUAGCAAUAAGAUCCAUUGAAUUCUCAAGGAGAGGAACUUGCUUCCUUUUGAACUGUUCCGACCGUAUAAUAAGAGUAUACGAAGCUGGCGAAAUAAUGGCCUGUGGUAAGGAUGGUGAGCCUGAACCUAUUCAGAAACUUCAAGAUCUUGUCAACAAAACAAUGUGGAAGAAAUGCUGUUUUUCUGGAGAUGGUGAAUUUAUUGCUGCAGGUUCAGCUAGACAGCAUGCUUUAUAUAUUUGGGAAAAAUCAGUUGGAAAUUUAGUCAAAAUUCUUCAAGGAAUGAAGGGAGAUGUUAUGCUUGACUUCGUCUGGCAUCCAGUUAGACCUGUUUUGUGUUCGAUAGCUAAUGGUAUUGUCUCUAUUUGGUCUCAAAAUCAGGUUGAAAAAUGGAGCGCCUACGCUCCAGACUUUAAAGAACUAGAGGAAAAUGUUGAGUACGAAGAGAGAGAAUCUGAGUUUGAUCUUAGUGAUGAAGACAAGGAAGGAGUUAAACCUAAAAUUGAAAAUUACGAGGAUGAAAAUGUCGAUGUUGUAACAGAAGAACCUAUUGAACAAUUUUUAAGUAGCGAUGAAGAACCGCAGUAUGAAGCUGCUGCUCUUCACUUUCUUCCGAUUUGUCCUGAUGUAGACGAUCCAGAGGAUUGGCCUGAGGGAGGAGAGCACUCAUCAACAAAAGAAAAUCAAGCUCUCGGGGAAAAACGUCAAAUUCUCCCUGAAAAAGAAAAUCCGCCUUCAAAAAAGAAAAAGAAAGAAAUUAAAAAUACUGAUAUAGAUCUUCCUAAUGCUCCCAUUGAUGAAUUGCAUCCGAUGUUAUGUCCAAAAAAGCCAAAUGAAAGUGGUAGAGUAGUGCAAAGAAAACCCGCAAAACCUGAAAAAGCUCGAAAGAAAGAAAGAAAAGAUAAAAGUAUUAUUCCUCUUUUCUCUUAA